AAUGUCGACAGUGCCCGCCAGGAGAUAGAGAUGCACAUAGCCAUGCGUACAGGGAACUACAUUGAGCUGAAUAAAGAGAAUGAUUUCCAUUACAAUGGUACGGAUGUGAGCUUUGAAGGAGGCACUCUUGGAUAUGCAUGGCUUGCUUCUAAUCCUGUCCCUCCUAGCUGCAACAGAAUGAUUUCUAAUUAUAGAAAUGACAGCUCCAGUUCCUUGGGAAGUGGCUCCACAGAUUCCUAUUUUGGAAGCAAUAGAUUAGCUGACUUGAGCCCAACAAGUCCAUUCAGCACAGGCAACUUCUGGUUUGGAGAGACGCUGCCUUCAGUGGGCAUGGAAGACCUUGUGGUUGCUUCUCCUGCAUAUGACUCCUUAUCAAUGCCUUCCCAAACCAUUUGGACUCCUUUUGAACCUGUAAACCCUCCCUCUGGCUUUGGUAGUGACCCUGCUAGUAAUGCUGAGCUUCAGUGCCGAGGGAGCCACCCAUCUACUCCUUGCUUGUCACCCACAUUUCGAGAAAACCUGGAUCACCCGCUAGCUAGGAGAGUGAGGAGUGACCCACCUAGUACUGGCCACCAAGCUGGCCUUCCCAUAUGCAUUCCCGCUUUCUCCAAUGGUACCAACAGCUAUUCCUCUUCCAAUGGCGGCUCCAUGUCCAGCUCUCCCCCUGAGUCAAGACGGAAGCAUGAUUGUGUGAUCUGCUUCAAGAGUGAAGUUGUUGCAGCCCUGGUCCCCUGUGGCCACAAUCUCUUCUGCAUGGAGUGUGCCAACAAAAUCUGUGAAAAGGAAAUGCCAUUAUGUCCUGUUUGCCUGACAGCUGUUACUCAGGCAAUCCAAAUUCACUCUUAA